UACCUUGAGUGGAGCCAAAGAGCUCCAAAACAUUCAGUUAGCAACUUAUAUUCGUGACGCAAGGUUGGUUCGUGUUUUGAAACGGAUAUCAACGUCUACUCUGUGUUGUUAAACUAAAAACAAAAUCGUUCUUUCAUAAAAUCCCAAGAAACCGUUAACUUUCAAUGGUGAUGCAUUAUUGCUGUUCUCUUCUUUGUUAAUCAAAUCGAGAAGCUAAACUACAUCGCAGUAAAACUGGACGCUACAAAAAAAAAGCGCCGCAUUACAACAACAUCAGCAAAAUCAAGAGAAAUCCUCAACAAAUCCUUAACCUUAACAUCUGCAAUAGAAGAUUAAGCGAAAAUAAUCCAAAAAGAAAAUAGCACUCCUUGAGCGAGGCUAACCGCAGUAAUAACUCAAAACAGCAGCCGUUACCAGAAGGAUAAAAACAGGAGAACUUCAAAAAGGGCCAGGCCAGACCAGACCAACCAACAAACGCUGUUUUCCUGGCAACUUGAGUAACAUGUUGAAGAAAAUGGGCGGUUUAGGACUAUUUGCCUGCGGCAUCUUGUUAUUGUGCGCUGUCAGCAGCGUCGAAUCCUAUUCAAAAUACGGACGUGGCUGUGCCGACAUUGGAUGCUUGCCCAACGAGGAGUGUGUCAUCACAUCGGACUCUUGCAGCUACAAUCAACGUGAUGGCAAGGAUUGUGGUAGUUAUCCUACCUGCAAAAGGAAGGCUGGCGGCGGAAGUGUCAGCACCUCAUCUUCGUCAUCGUCUGUAUAUCCCUCAGUAAACUCUCAUAAUUCGAAUAAUCCAAGUGCUGCUAGCGCACCAACAUUUGAAGCAGGUGGUGGUGCCGGCGGUCAUAGUCUAUAUCCCAGUUUGCCUAGCGACAAUCGUGGUGGUAUGGCUGGCGGCUAUCAACCAGGCGGUGGUUAUGGUGGUGCCAAUCCUGGUGGUUAUGUGCCACCUGGUGGAGCUUCUUCUGGUGGCUAUCCUGGCGGUUAUGGUGGAGGUCAAGGCGGCUAUGGCGGUGGUCAAGGCGGCUAUGGUCAAGGUGGUCAAGGCGGCUAUGGUCAAGGAGGUUAUGGCCGUCCUGGUGGCUAUACUCCCCCUGCUCCUGGCUAUGGCGGCGGACAAGGUGGCGGCUCCAAUCCCAAAGAAAAGGAAGGUGGCUUCUUCUCGAAUUUCCUCUCCAGCCCUGAAGUUAGAAAUGCUGUCACUGGCAUCAUUGCUGGUCAAAUUGCCAAUACCUUAAGAGGCGGUGGCAACCAACCCCAGCCACAACAACCCGGUGGUGGUCAUCAACCAAGUGGUGGCUACACUCCCAGCGGUGGUUAUAGCAGUGGUGGUGGUGGCAGUUCCGGUGGAUCUUCUGGUAGUGCUAGCAACAUUUUGGGUGGCCUACUAGGAGGUGUCUUAGGCGGCGGUGGCGGUAGUGGCAGCAGCGGCGGCAGCAGUGCCAGCAGCUUUUUGGGCAGUGUUUUGUCUGGUGCUGGAGGUUCUGGUGGUAGCAGCAGCGGCGGUAGCAGUGCCAGCAGCUUUUUGGGCAGCCUUUUGGGUGGUGGCGGCGGUGGUUCCGGCGGCGCAUCUCGUGGAGGAUCUGCGGGUGGCUUUGGGGAUAUUCUGUCCUCCCGCAACUUUGGUGGAUUAUUCAGUGAGAAUCCUUCCUCUAAAUCUGGUUCGGGUUCAGCUGCUUCCCCCUCCAGCUCUGGUGGUGCCAAGAGCUAUCCAACUCAACCUCCCCCAUAUGGAAACUAUGGCGGCUAUCAAGGUUGAAACAUCAGCAUGGUGAACUCUCAUAACAUAAGAAACUAAACGUUCUUGCAAACCUCUCGAACUUUUUAAACAUCCUUUUUUAAAGAACAAAAAAAUACUAACAAUUUUGGCAUUUUAUUUUGAGUAGUGUUAGUUGAAUAUGUUUUGAGCAUAUAAAUAAAGUUAAAAAAAAAAAACAAAAACUAAAAAAAUAUAUAAAAAAAAUCUAUGAACAAAAAUAACUUCUAUUUUUACUGCAAUCCAUACCAAACUCUAUGUAAUAAUUCUCAGCUACAGAUACAGAAAUUAAAUGUAAAUACAGACAAACACUUCCAAAUACUCCACAAACAGAAAUUUCCAUAGAAAAUUUAGAAUAAAGUAACAAAAAAUUUAAACAGAAAAACAAUCACACUAAA